AUGGCUACCCCCAGUGUCCUCACUUUUGAUGCUAAGGGCCGUGCCGUUGACUUUGAGGUCUGGGUCGAUGACCUCCAGGUGUUUCUCCAGUGCGAUAGGGCAGACGGACUCUCUCUGUUCGAUCUCACCUCUGGUGCCUCUCCUGCCCCGCCUGCUACUGCUGACAGCAGUAUUCGCUCACUGUGGGUCACACGCGAUGCUGCUGCUCGCCUUGCUGUUCGUCUCCACUUACCGACCACUGAGCGUGCACACUUUAGCAAGGACCACUUCCUCUCAGUUUGCCCCACCACUCUCACUGUUGACCUCCUCCAGAAGGCCCUCCUAGCAGCAAAGAAGAGCAUAGUCGUUGUAGGAGCCUCUCGUGGUGACCCUCGCACCCCCGUCUUUGAGGAGUGUUCUCCCUCCCCCCUCUUGCCCUCUGUUGCCUCUGGUGCUGCGGCCGACCUCGUUGGUUUCGAGUCGGUUGGCGCUGCGUUUGCCCUAAGCGGGAGACGCCACACCGGCAAGGGAAAAGGGGGCAAGGGAGCUGGAAGGGCUGGCGGGGGCGGUGGAGGUGGUGGUGGAGGCAGUGGAGGGGGUGGGGAUGGUGGUGGGAGUGGUGGCGGGGGUGGCGGCGGCGGCGGCAGCAGUGGAGGCAGAGGAGGCGGUGGAGGUGGCGGAGGGAGCGGAGGCGGCGGAGGUGGCGGAGGAGGCGGAGGUGGAGGAGGCGGCGGAGGCAGCGGCGGCAGCAGUGGACUCGGUCGCGGCUUUGCGCAGACGAGUGGCUCCGUUGGUGGUUCGCACCAGCAGCAGCAGAGCAGCCGUGAGACCCUGUCCCCUCAGCAGCUUCGUGAGUGGUACGCUGCGCAUCAGCGCAGUGGGGGUACGGGUCCCUGCACCUACGUUCUCCGCACCAGCGACCGCGCUGAGCUGUCUGGGACGGGGGUUGCUAUCUUUGAUCUUGACUUUGAUGCUAUUCUUGCUGCCAUGUAUGCUGUUGAUGAUAGUGUUGUGGGUGACUGUUACUUGUGUGUACCGCCUGACCCAGGCAUUGAGGCUACUGCUCUAGGUGCUGGUGAGGCUGCUGCUCUAGGUGCUAGUGCGUCAUCUGCCCCAGGUGCUAGUGCGUCUGCUACCCCAGGUGCUGGUGAGUCUGCGCUCUCAAGUACUACGUCGGCUCCGUCCUUACACACCUUCACCCUUGACUCGGGUGCGUCCCGCUCCUUCUUUCGAGACCGCACCACUCUUACGCCGCUUAGUCGGCCGGUUGCAGUCUCCCUUGGAGACCCCUCUUGGGGUCCUGUCCUUGCUAGCUUCUCCACUGUCUUACCGUGCCCGGCAGCCCCCUCUGGCACCCUGUCAAGUCUCUACCUCCCCUCGUUCUCUACGAACUUGGUGAGUGGAGCGGACCUACAGGAUAGGGGGGUCCACCAGUUCACUCUUGCGAGUCAGCGAGUGACCCACUGCACGUGUGCUCGGACAGGCCGACACUUGGCCACGUUCACUCGUCGGCCAGGGUCGAGCCUGUACACCCUUACUACUGAGUCUCCUCCGGGUGCUGAGUCUGCCCAGGUAGCUGCGUCGAGUCUGGUGUUUGCUGCAGCGUUCAGCUGCCCUCCCUUCACGCGCCCUUUAGGCGCUGUCCUCCCUCCCCGUGCGCCCCCUAAGGCGCUGCCCUCCAAGGCACGUCCAGAUCUGCAACUCCAGCGCCCAGAUCUGCACUCCCCGCGCUCAGAUCUGCAACUCCAGCGCCCAGAUCUGCACUCCCUGCGACCAGAUCUACUCCUCCCGCGCCUAGAUCUGAUCAUUCCGCUCCCAGAUCUGGAUUCCGCGCAACCAGAUCUCCUCCUCCCGCACCCAGAUCUGAACAUUUCGCACCCAGAUCUGCACUCCGCGCGCCCAGAUCUGCACUCCGCCUGCCCAGAUCCGUCCUCUGCGCGCUCAGAUCUGCCCUUCGCGCGAUCAGAUCUGCACUCCGCGCGACCAGAUCUGCACUCCGCCGGCUACAACCUUCGCUCGGUUGUCUUUCAGGAAGGCGGUGGACUUCAGCCCGUGGCCCCCACCGUUCCUACUGGACCUGCCCCCGCCCACCCUGGCGCCGAGCCCUCUCCCCGCGGUGAUCCUCCCACCUUCGCACCGAAUGUCAACGACCCGCAGAGCUUGGAAACCGCCAUUUGCACCUACCGCACCAAUCUCCAAGAGCACCUGCGCCUGCAAUUGCGUUACGAGGACGACAGGCGCAUCUAUGACGAGGCCGCUGCCCGCUACAAUACGUACCAGGAGGACCUGGACACCUACACUCCAUAA